AUGGCCGACGCUUUUCUAGAAAUUUCGAAGAUAUUAAUGUCGAACAGCCAAAACUGUCCGUCUCGAAUAGCUUGCUGGAUCAGUAGGAACUCUGAUAGUGAGAGCCUUAAAAUUUGGAAAGAAAUGGCCAGGAACAAACUUCUGGCAACUAUGCUCAACACAACUGCAGUUGAAAAUGCCUUUAUAUUUGGAAGAAAUGGAGGCGACUGUGAAACGUUCAGGCCUUGUCCUUUGGGUGCAGCACAGCUUUCACAUUUUAUAAGCAAUUCAUCAAUGUUCUCGAAACCAGUAAACUAA